AUGAGAUUGAAGAGGGCUAUUCAAUUCCUAAUUUAUUUCAGUUACUGCGUGUCGUCUGUUGCUCGGCUUCAGAAGCGGUUUACAUCACUAGAAUGCGAGCAGUUGGUUGAGACCCAACAUCGAACUGGUCUGAUUUUGAUGGGUAUUAUGACGGCUGCAAAGUACGUCGAUACGCGAGCCUAUAAUGUCUGGAAGACAUGGGCAAAACACGUUCCAGGCAAAGUGUUGUUCUUCGUGGCCGAAAAUACAGAAUCCAUCCAUCCGGAUCUACCGCUUAUACGUUUGAAAGGCGUCGACGACACGUAUCCACCGCAGAAGAAAAGCUUCGCGAUGGUCAAGUGGAUGGCGGAGAAUUACUUGGACGAAUUCGAUUGGUUUUUGAGAGCUGAUGACGAUUUAUACGUCCGAGGAAGUGAGUUGGAGAAGUUCCUACGCUCUCUAGACUCGUCCAGGGCUCACGCCAUUGGACAAGCAGGUCUCGGAAAUAGUGCUGAGUAUGGACUGUUAGCUCUCGGUUCCACUGACAACUACUGUAUGGGUGGACCAGGUGUUGUUAUGAGCAGGGAGACAUUACGACUGCUUUCUCCACAUUUGGAGUCGUGUCUGCAGCACUUACUGACAACCCAUGAAGACGUCGAACUUGGUCGAUGUAUUCGACGGCACGUGGGUGUGGCCUGCACGUGGAAUUAUGAGAUGCAGAAGCUGUUUCAUAACAACCAGACCACGUCCAGGGCGUACACGGGUGAUUUAUCGGAGGUCAGGGCCGCCAUAACAGUACAUCCCAUCAAAGAUCCAGCAGUGAUGCGUCGCGUUCAUGCCCACGAUCGUGCAUUUCGCCUUCAAGCAUUGAGAGCACGGCGGGUGUCCCUGCGUACGGAGCGCAGUGAUGUGCAACAGCCUACACUGGUACGGAUAAUGCCCAACAGCUCUCGAGAUUUGACACCUUGGGACUAUAUAAACAACAAUAAGAUUCUAUUCUGUGCGGAUCGUGUGAACUGCCCAAGGCAUACGGUAGACCUGAGCAUAAGGACGGAAAUGGGUGAUAUUGUGACUCAACUUUUCGAAGAGUUCAAUUCUAAUGCUCGGCAAAGAGGAAGAGUUCUCCAAUUCCAAAGUCUGCAGUAUGGCUACAUGCGGGUUGAACCUCGCUAUGGAGUGGACUACGUUUUGGACAUGAUUCUUUGGUUCAAAAAAUUCCGACCUCCUCAUCGAACCACCUUAUCUGUACGGCGCCAUGCUUAUGUUCAGCAAGUGUUUGCUCCUCUACAGGCUUUGUCUGAAAAGAAUUUAAGGUCUAAUCUACGACGAGGUAGCAAUUUCACAGGAGAAAACGCCCACUUGCACAUGAUUUUACCGUUGAAAGGACGUGCUGCUAUCUUUGCGAGGUUCGCAGGCCAUCUAAAGAAUGUGUGCGCAAGGGCCGGCGAUAUAUCUUUGGUAGUUGUUCUAUACGCGAGCGAGGACGAACGAGAGAAUCGCGCGACCAUCGAGGAAUUGCGCCAAAGUUUUGUUCGAGUAGAAGUUGUUGAAAUGGACGAUGCACCGUUCAGUAGAGGAGUAGCUCUGAUGAAAGGUGCCGAUAGGGUUCCGGCCGAUGGACUGAUGUUCUUCACCGACGUGGACAUGCUUUUCACUUGUGAUGCAUUGAAUCGAGUCAGAUUGAACACGAUUCUCAAUGCUCAAGUUUACUUUCCUAUUGUAUUCUCGGAAUUCUCUCCCGAAAGUUGGUCGGAGAAUGAUCGUUUGCUAGCGGAUGCAUUCCACUACGGCCGCAGGAGAGGAUAUUUCAGGCACUUUGGUUAUGGAUUAGCUGCCCUGUAUAAGGCUGAUCUUAUUGCGAUUGGUGGCUUUGACACGAAAAUCGAAGGAUGGGGUUUGGAAGACGUUGAUCUCUUCGAAAAGGUGGUGAAAUCACGCACCCUUCGAGUAAUUCGAUCUCCUGAACCUGGUUUGGUUCACAUCUACCAUCCGAUACAUUGUCCUGAAACAAUGCCACAAGCUCAGCGGCACAUGUGCCAUGGCUCAAAAGCGGCUAGUUUAGCAUCAAUCGAUGCGUUAGUAGAUCAGAUAUCGCAUUAUACAUGA